UAAUAAAUAUCAAUUUUCCUCGUUAUUCCAAUUAUCAGGGGUUAGCUGACAAUUAGAAUAAAGUUGUUAAUUGUUUCAGGGUACCCCAACCGCUUAAAAACAUUUUUUAAUAAUCUUUAAACAUUGUAAAUUAUAAUAAAAAAUGGAGAAAAUAUUGAAGACAGUUUCGAAAAUGAGCCAGCCCUCACGAAAUCUAUUCGAUAAUUUUUUCCGACAUUCAAGGAAAUCACCACAACGAGAGAGACGAUUAGUGACUAAUCAGUUCGGAAAAUACGAAUUGAUCGAGCCCUGGAAAAUUAUCCAUCCGUUCAGAACAAUUCCAGCGUCAAUUGCCAAGCCUUGUUAUUACAAAUCUCAAUCACAGGAUAUACCUCCGCAGAUUGUCGAAAUUAAGAAUGAAAAUCAGAUCGAGUGCAUGAGACACAGUUGUAGAUUAGCGAAAAAAAUUUUAAAUCACACCAAAGAGAUAAUCAAGCCAGGAAUUACAACCGACUAUCUGGACGAACAAUUACACGAUCUAAUAAUAAAUCAUGGGGCUUACCCCAGUCCUCUGUAUUACCACGGAUUUCCAAAAUCAAUUUGCACUAGUAUAAAUAAUGUUGCAUGCCACGGAAUUCCAGACGAUCGUCCGUUGAUUGAGGGUGACAGCCUCAACGUUGACGUUUCGGUCUACUUGAAUGGUUUUCAUGGGGAUUGUUCAGGAAUGUUUGCCAUUGGUAAACUCGAUGAAGAUAUGAAGAAACUCAUAACUGUCACUCAAACCUGCCUGGAUGCUGCUAUCGACAUUUGCAGACCCAAUGAACGAUUUUGCAGUAUAGGGUACGUAAUCGAGAAAAUAGCAAAGGAAAACGGAUUUUCUGUGAUUCCAUACUUUGCUGGACAUGGAAUAGGAACUUAUUUUCACGGAUUGCCUGACAUUUUCCACUUUGUUAAUGAUGAAUUUGGCAAGAUGCAGCCGGGGAUGACAUUUACGAUAGAGCCCGUACUGACUCAAGGAGACACAGAAAUUGAAGUGCUUGAGGAUGGUUGGACUGCAGUAACUGUGGACUCAGCCAGAACAGCACAAAUCGAGCACACAAUUCUAAUAACCGAAACUGGCUGUGAUAUUCUCACAUGUUAACCCCACAAACCCUUCCCCGAUCAAUAAAUAAAUUAUUGCCAUUUUUUUCAAC